AUGACGGUCAAGAGAAGGAAUCAUGGAAGAAACAAGAAGAACCGUGGACGUUGCACGUUCAUUCGUUGCACAAAUUGUGGACGCUGUUGCCCUAAGGAUAAGGCCAUAAAGAAAUUCGUGGUACGAAACAUAGUUGAGGCUGCUGCCGUCCGUGAUAUUGGAGAAGCCUCCGCUUACAUGCAGUACGCCUUGCCGAAGCUCUACCAUAAGCUGCACUACUGUGUUGCAUGUGCGAUCCACAGCAAAGUAGUGCGUAACAGGUCUCGAGAUGCUCGCAAGGACCGUAACCCCCCUCCUCGCUUUGGUCAGCGCACUGCUCAGGCUCGCCCCGGAGUUCCUGGACCUCGUCCUUGA